AUGUUUCUUGCCGUUCCAGUUUCACAUCCCUACGUUCCAUGCUACCCGAGGGAAACUCGCAAGGUAGGAAGGAUCGAACAAAGAAAAAGAAUCCUAUGCUUUGGAGAUAGUCUCACCGCUGGAUAUUACGCGCAAGGCAAUCGUUUUCACCCGUAUGCAAAUCUACUCAAGAAGUUAUUGGGUGUCGAAGUGGAUUACAUCGGGCUUUCUGGAUGGACCACUCGACAGAUGUGCGAUAGCAAGGAUAGCGAUUCGUGCGUGGAUGUUGUGAGGAGGCAAGAACUUGUUUCGUCCAAGUUUGAUGCUCAUCAAUAUUUUGAUCGUCAGAUCUUGGAGGGGACUCCGAUUCUAUCGAACCUCAGAACCCUGCACGCCAUUGCCCGCCAAUUCGGCUGCAAGACUGUUGCGUUGACUAUCCCAGAGCUCGCUGCAGAGAGGCGACAACCGCAAAUCCACGAGACGAGGCUGCGGGUGAACGAGGCGAUUCUCCAGCGCAAGAUUGACUGCGACCUGGUUGUGGACAUCGACAAAGUUUUGCCUCUUGCGAAAGCCACACAAGUUCAGAGGAUGAGCAUCUGGGAGCCCGACGGCCUCCACUGCAACCUGAGGGGUAUGAUACCGUCGCGAGAGCCAUUUCGAGUCAGAUCACCCAAGUCAUUUGACUUCAUGUAG